AUGAAUUUUAAUAUUUUUAUUAUUUUCAUGUAUAUUGUAGUUCUAAUGGAACAUAAAAUUUUAAAAGGUGUAUAUGGGUUAAAACACAUUUGUAAGUUAAGUUAUAUAAAUUUUAAUGGGUUUCUUCAUCUUAAAAGUAAUAGAUGUUUUUCUAAAACAGAUGAAAGUUUAUAUGAUAGAUGGGGUAUUAAACCUUUAUGGAAUUCAAAACCUUUUUCAUUAAUUAAAUUACCUUUCAACCCACAAUCCAUGUCACCUUUCUUAAGUGAAGAAGCUAUAGAAUAUCAUUACAGCAAACAUCAUGCUACUUAUGUGAAGAAUUUAAAUAAUUUAGCAGAACAACAUGUUGAAAUAAAGAAUUUAACAUUAGAAGAUAUAAUAACAAAAUAUAAAGGAUCCAUCUAUAAUAAUGCAGCACAAAUUUUUAACCAUAAUUUUUUUUGGAUGGGAUUAAAGGAAGAAGGAGGGGGAAAACCAUAUGGUGAAAUAAAAAAAAAAAUUGAAGAAUCAUUUAAUUCUUUUGAAAACUUUAAAGAAAUAUUUUUUAAGGAAGCAUCAGGCCAUUUUGGAAGUGGAUGGAUAUGGUUAAUAAUAAAGGAUAAAAAAUUAAAAAUUUAUCAAGGACAUGAUGCUGACAACCCUAUAAAAGAUGAUGUUGGAAAUCCAAUUUUAACUUUAGAUAUAUGGGAGCAUGCAUAUUAUGUUGAUUAUAAAAAUUCUAGAGCUGAUUACAUAAAAGAAUGGUUUAAUAAAAUAAAUUGGGAUUUUGCCAAUUAUAAUUUAUCUAUUGUAAAUUAA